AUGGCCCUGUCCCCGGAAACUACUGCGCUGCUCUUAGGUGGUGCAGGAAGGGCCCACAGCAGCUCAGUCCAUACUGAUGAGCUCCCCACCUCCACACUCUUGUCCACAUGUGCACGCCAAGCAAAGCUCCCCGAGCGAUUCCCGAAGAGUUCCAUCGGGGUCCCGACACUCUCUGUGUGUAUCCACCUAGAUUCCCUGGCUAGCGUGGAUGAUGACCUUGACGUGGACAGCAGAGAGGGAGAGGCCCCAUUGUUCACCAAGGUGGUGGCCCUGCUGGAAAGGGAGAGUGUUCUUACAGACCUACUGGUAGAGAGCAUCGAGGACUACUCCACCAGUGACGAUGAAGUCUCUUCAGCAUCCUCGCUGCUCUCUGACCCGGAGAAGGAUUCCACGGAAGACAACAAUUCCGACGAAAGGAGCCACCCUGCGCCUCUCUCGAGAAGCUUCCCUUCGGUGGACAUGGUGCAAACGACAAGGGAAGCAGAAGAAGUGGAGGACUCGGGAACGGGCUGCGCCACAGGACAGUGUGCCCACCACCCCGAGGCACCAGAGGCUCCUGGGGUGCUCCGACAAAGGGAGCCAGGAGGGCCCUGGGGCCCCACUUGCGGCUCCGAUUUGGGCCCGGAGGAGGAUUCGGCAUGAGCACACAAGGAAACACGCCUGCAGGGACGGCUCUCUUACGCCUGACCUCCGAAGGCCAAAGAGAAGACUUCAGGGCAGCCCACCCGAGGACGGCACUGGAGCCCCGAGGACGAGACGAGAGGACCCUCUGAGUCGGCCGCCAAACCCAGAGUUGGCUGCCCGGGCCCUGCCAAUGACGGACACUUGAAGCACGAGGCAACCACCUGGGCCCACAACAGUCCGUUGUGUGGGGAGACUGGGCCCACCUGGGACUGGGCCCACCUGGGACUGGGCGGGACAGCAGCCUUCCCGUCGUCUCCCCUGUCUGCUGCAGGGGCUGCUCCUCCUCCCACUUCCCCUGCAGUCAACGGCAACCCUGCAGAG